AUGCGAUUAUCUAUGUUUAGAUGUGUGAGUCGCGCUCAUUACAGCACAAAUGUCACAGAAGAUUUCAUAAAUAGCAUUCUGGCAAGAGCUCAAGAGGCAACAGCAAAAGCUUCUUCCAAUGCUCUUAAGUUAGAUAAGAUGAAAGAGGGUAGAAUGCAUAAUAAGAAGAAAAAUGGGAAUCAGAAUAGGAAUAAUAUGAACAAUAAAGAAGGUAGGGGUAGAGAGGGAAGUCAAGGAGAAAAAAAUAUGAGAUUGAAUAAUCGUACUAGUGUUUCUGCUCGUAGUAACAAACAGCAGUGGAAUAGAGGUACUAAAACAUCUUUUGCCAAAGAUUCUACCGGAAAUACAGUAGUUAUGCAACCACAGUUCAAAAAGAUGCAGAAUGCCAAGAACAAUUUAAAAGUAGAUGCGGAGGUCGGAGAUGAUUUGCUUGAUGUUUUCAAUUCGUCGAUGGAGCAAAAACCGGUUAAUUUCAAUAAGAACGUCAAAUCCAAAGCAAGGUUUCAAAAAAAGAGUCAUAUCCUAACGGCGUCUAAAAGGAGAAAGGCUCCCCAACAGCAGCUACAAAAGGUUGUCCAGAGACCUGUUAGUUCGGAAUAUAUACUAGAAGAGCCGACUCCUUUGUCUCUAUUAGAAUAUACACCUCAAGUUUUUCCAACAAAGGAAUCCAGAUUAGUUAACUUUACCUUGGAUAGCUUGAAAAAAUCCAAUUACCCUAUUUACAGAUCACCAAAUUUGGGAAUCCUCAAAAUCCACGAUUUCACCCUAAACACGCCAAAUUUUGGUAAAUAUACGCCAGGCUCCUCAUUGAUAUUUGCCAAGGAGCCUCAGUUGCAGAAUUUACUUCUUCAAGAGAAUUUUGCAGAUUUUGAUAGGCAAGUAACAGGAGAGUAUCAACUUUUAAAACCAUAUGCAAGAAAAGAUUUCGAAAAAUUGGCAAAAUCUAAAGAUACUGUGAGUAAGCUCGUACAAAAUAGCCAAGUUGCAAGGUUAUCAUUACAAUCUGUUGUUAUGAGUCCUGAGGACAAAAAAUUGGUAUACGACGUUUGUUCUGGAAUGAAACCAAUUUCUGAAUUACAACAGUGA